GCAGACCACACUGCAGCACACCCAACCGCAUGCCCACACACACACACACACACACACACACUUGCGCAAAAUGGGAGGUGUCACCACAAGCAUGUAUAAAAGAACUUUGUGAUGAGCCAUAUCUUUGUUUCUUCAUUCAUCAGCUUCUUUUGAUAUCACAGAGACAGAGUUACUCAGAAGAGUGAUGGCGGCAGUGACUGUUUGCAGCACCACCAAAGGCUUGUUCCUCAUGUUCACCCUGCUGUCUCUGGUUUCCCUUUCAAGUGCUCUGAUAGACAAGGACCGAUUGAAACAAUUCAAAGAAAACUAUCAGAACAUGAAACAACAUCUGGACAAACUGAAGGCUCAGCGUGAGGAAGAGGUGAACUUCAAUUCCGAACUGUUGAGUGAAUACUUGAAGCUUAUGGAUCCGUUGAUUGAACUGAUGAAGAGAUCUAUGAAAGAUUCACCUGAUGGUUUUUAUGAAGAAGUCACACUUAUGGAGAGCUAUAAGAAUUUAGUGGCGGUGAAUAAGGCUGAAAUUGACAGGAAGAAUAAGAUCUUGGGUGAGAAAAUGGAGGAAACUGAAAAGGAACUGGGAGAGCUGAACAAACGGAUUAAAUGCAUUGAGGAACACCGAGAUGAACUGUAACUUCCAUGCCAGUCAUUUCCUUUUUCCUUAACAAUCUGCUGUAUCUGUGGUUAGUUUCCAUUUUAUAUAGUACAGCUUUGCUUAACUUCAGUUUAACUUUUAUUUAGAGCUUCCCUUCUUCUUUACUGUCUGAUAUAAAAAAAAAAGAUUUCACUAUUGGCUACCAUUGUGCACAUGCUUAUAUGUGCUGAUGACAACUUUUAAGAAUACAUUUCCAGUAGUUUUUCUGCCAUUAAUUAAAUAUAAAUUGGAAACAAACAUAUAAACUGCAAACUGCCACACAUUAAAGACAUUUACCUACUA